AAAAUGCCAAUACGUCAAAAAACAAACUUAUAUUUUGUCCCUUUUUCAUAAAUGACUCUGAUUUUCAAGAGUAAUAAUUAUAUCACAUUGAGAUGAAUGCAACAGAGCCUAAAUAAAUAUUCUGAAUAAUUAAUCCGUUAAAGACUCCCACACAUCUUAGAGACAUGCUUUUUUGUGUGAAGUAAGUUCCUGACAGCUGACGGGAUUCUGGCAAAAGCCCUCAAAACAAAAGCUCCUCCCAUGCUGUUACAUUAAUUGGCAAUUCAUGUAUUUCAGAAUAUGGACAAAGCAAGAUUAUAGGAUUUAAACAACUCACGCUCUUCUUUGAAAUGUGUUUGUGGCAAAUGUGUUCUCGCCGCUAUUUUACGUGACCACAUGACUGUAAUCAGGAUACUAGACUGAUGGCUAUCUCAGCUCCAAUUUAACAGCUUCUUUUUCAUUUUGAGGUGCUCCACUUACUCUCCUGCUCUCGUCUUUUACUUAAACAAAAAGAAAUCCCACUGAAUCUCAAGGUGUGGUGGAGGAGUGUACUGUAAGUGCCAACUCGAGGAGUCAGUCCCACAAGUGAUUAAUGGGAGGAAUGCAGGUUUUUCUUGGCAUAUAAGAAUUAAAGCUUGAGACUACUCUGCUCAGUCAGCAGCUCUAAGGCAGGAGGAUCAGAGGAGCAUGUGUCGUCAUCUAAAGUCAAGAUUCCUGUAUGAUGUAUCCUAGAACUUCUUGAUUUAAUGGAACGAAAGCAUAGCUAUUCCAGUCUCCCUGUACUUAGGAGUUACACUACAAACAUGAACAAAUGCGGAGUUAGUGUCCCAUUUUCGAUUAUUGCCACAGCUUUGUCACUGGUAACAUAUUUGUCGGUGACCCCUCGUGCACAGUGGAUGGGAGCGUUGUGACCCGGAGGUGAACACUCCAAUCAGGAGGCGAACUCUCAGUACAGCUUUGAUUUGCAGUGACCCAGUGACCCAUGGAAGCAAAAAGCCCCCUACUGCUGACAGAGCCAUGGAUCGUUCUACAGCUCACUGCUGAGGGCCGAAUUUUUGUGGUCUCUUAUGAAGUUUUUUUUUUGGUGCCACAUUAUUCGAUAUAUAAUUGGUUUUGUUUGUUUUUUAACUUUGAGACUUUACUUGCUCUCAAUGUGGACCCGCUACACUGAAGUUCCUUUCAUAAUGAAGCUUUCUACAUCAUAAAAUUCUAGUUAUGCUUUAAAUGAUUAUUUUCCAACAUGUCCUGCAUUCUUCUAAUCAUAUUUAAUGCAGACAAAGCUGUAUGUUGUGGAUUUUUAAUACACCUAAAGUCCAUUUUGAAAGGUCUUCAACAGGGCUAUAUAUACAUAUGUAUAUUGUAUAUAUGGAUUGUGAUGACCUGAUUCUUCUUGAGUGGCGUUAUGAAUUUUUCAGAUAAAUCUGCCAGAGCUAUAUCUUCCAGUGCCUGAGUCUGCUGAAUUUUUCAUUUCUUCAUUUUUUUCAGCGUGCAGUCGAAGCUCAAGUUUAAGGCCAGGCCCUUAAAGCUGCGACAAAAGGUGGAUGUUUAUGUCAGACAUUCAAUAUGACAGGAACAUGUACUCCACAAACAGCACUGCCCUAGAUACUACAGCCUGUGUAUGGAAUCAUCUAGAACUUGUAUGUGCUGAAGUCUCAAAAGGAGUAGAAAAAGAAUAGAAAUAACAUCUUCUUUUGUUUUUUUACUUAAUUUCUCUGCACAGAGAUUAGUUUCCAUUUUCCAGAUGUGCUAGGCUCUCUCCUCUUUUUUUGGUUUUACCUUGUGUGUCGACCAUGUUCACCAUGCUUCUGUCUUUGUGUAAAGCCUCUCCACUCUUCAGAUGAAACAUCACAUAUUAUUCUAAGUGCAAUAAAAGACCUAGUGAAGGUUCCACAUAAUGCCAGAUGGGGAGACUUGUCUAUACAUGCUCCCACCCAGCACACCCAGUCUCCACCCACUUUCGUGUUGCCCCCCUUCCAAAGCAUCCAAUCUUGGGGGAACACUGGGCGAUCAAUGUUUUUUAGAAGGGGUCUGUGUUGUGAGUUGUGGGUUUUGAGUUUGCUUGUCCCCUCGGGUCGUGGAAUAUCGAUUGUCAUGCCCAUCAGAGUCUCAGAUCACAUCGAUAUUCUUUGUGAAAAUCAGGGUUAAUGGACUCCCAUGUUUACAUGCAAACACUUCCCCCUUUCAAACGCUGUGUUAGGUUUUGGGGGCGGAAUUGGAGAUUCCCCAUUUCAUUGUGUUUUUUUUGUCCUCCCAGGCAAAGAUAAGAUACCUGAUACCUCAAUACAGCAACUCACUGUGACUACCAGUCCCUCGGGCUAAUGUUAUUGUAGUGAGUCCUCAAUUCCUCACUUUCCCAUGAGUCUACAAUGGAUUUAUUCUUCUCAUAUUUCCAGUGCCUCUCUUUCCUAUUGCUCAUUGACAGUCAGUAGGAAAUAUAUUGUUUCUACUCUUAUUUCCAGGGCAAUGAACAUUCUUUGUAUGUCACACAGAAAUGCAUUAAAAAAAAAAUUUCUUUGUUUUUAUAAUUUGUGUUUUUUUUCAUAGAGGCACUGUUCGACUGUCUUCAAGGGAAGACUAUAGUGGAGCUGAAGUUGAAUAACACACAUUCACACUCACGCAUAGUUUCUCAGAGUCUAUUGUUUACCCCGUGCAUCACUCUGGUUGGCUAAGCCGAGUGCUGGAAGCUUCCAUUGUGUGAAAAGGAGGCACAAAAAUGACAUUUUCACUAUGCAGCUCAUUGCACGAGUCAGAGGGACCCUGGCAGGAGAGAGCCAAAUUUGCAAGGUGCUGGUAAUGCGGGAGUGAGGGACAAACAGAGUGAAGGGGAAAGCGUCUCUUAAUCAGACUGGAUUUGGGGGGAGAAACUGCUAUUGUUUGGCUCCCCCAUAGUUGCAGUCGCAGAUGAAAAAAAAAAAGAAAAGCUGCUUGUCUUUUUAAAGGCACAGGAGGCUGGUGUCAGGGGAGAGAGUGAAGGAAAGAGGGGGGAGGAGGCAGCGAGAGCAGCAACACCGCUCAGCGAUCUCAGCAACCAAAGAGACAAGAGGCACCUCUGAGAGACUUGCAUGAAAACAGGAUUACACUUACAUCCUUUUUGUUUUGGUUCAUUCCCUCUUUUACAUCCUGCUCUUGGAUAUUUUGUUCCCUCCUGUAGCUUUAUUUAACGCCAGAUGUGAAGCAGGAACAUUCCACGUCUGUAGAGGUGUAGAGGAUCGGGGAUGAUGUGCAUAAAGUGAGGAGCCCUUAAUCAUCCCGUGUUUUGCUCCUGAUGCGAGAAGCUCGCUCAUCCUCUGCACUGCAGCACUGUACGCUCAGCCAGCCUCCGGUACAGGCUCCCUGCCUGCCUGCUCUGCAAGGAUCACCAUCAAAAGGAGGAAGGAGUUUUGGGGGUAGCAGGUGGAUGUGGAGGGUGGCCGGAGAACAGGAAGAGGCAGGGGGGGGCAGGGGUGCUGAGCUAGUUGAGGAUGGGAGCCAACGAGUCCAUGGAGCAAGGACAGAGUCCCUGUCCCUCUCAAGAACACAUGUGAGUGAACUUAACUUUAACUCUUGCAUCGCUGCUCAGUGUGGCGUCUGAAGAUGUUCAGAGGUGUGAUCAAACCCAUUAACAAGGAGAACAACAUCAUAGAUCCAUUGAGAACUGAGGUGUACUGACAUGUGGUGUGUUUGUUUUCUAUGAAUUCAUGGCUUUGCCUUAGUCUUUCAUGCCACACGAAUGCUCAGUGUGCCGUCACUUGUGACUAUAGGUGCAUACAGGGCUGAUUGUUUGUUAUUUCACUGAUACGGCUGAGAGAUGAAGGCUGAAGACAAUCCCUGUGGCUCACUUUUUUGUUUCCCUCCUCUGUUGUUGUUGUUUUUGAAACCUUCCCACUUCAGCCUAUUAGCUCUUCCCUAUGCAUUCUGCCCACAAAACCUUUCCAGCCUGUAACGCUCUUGUGUAGCCAGCUGAGGAUGCCAGUAUUGUUUUGUUGUUUGCUAUUGUGAUGUCAACAAGGAUGAGGAAAUCGGAGCACGUGUGCAUGCAAAUGCACAUCGUUUUGCCUGCGACUACAGUACGGAUGAGACCUGGCUCAGCGGAGCCAGAAUACAGUGCAGCAAGUACUGCUGGGAAGCUGGUGGGGUGAUGUUUCGUUCUCUGGGAAGGAGGACGCGUCUGACGCGCUGGGAGUGGGACGUGGUGACUGUGUUGAAAUAGAACACGCUGCAUGUGUGUGUGGCUGCAUGUGUGGGGUGGGAGGGAGUUACCACGGGAAUAUCAGUGGAUGAGAGAAAGGGAGUUAGAGGGAGCGAGACGGAGCAAGAGUGCUCCACUUUGCUUUGUUUUAUUUAUAACUCAGACACACUACUGCGCCCGGGGGAGCAACAGAGGAGAGAGAUCAGGGAAAUGGACUGAACGCUGGUGUUUGUGUGCUGUAGAAAUUAAAGAUUAAUGGCAUAAUAAAGUCAUUUUUCAUCUUAAAGUCCUACAAAGUCUAGGCCUCGGAGGACUGGAUACUCUUGUAUUAAUAUUCACAACUCACUGCUGUGAGCUUUUAUCACAGGCUAGCUGUAAUAAAAGUCAGCAGCUAUUUUUCUUAAAGGUGUGCAGAGCUGUCCCAACCAUUAACAGUACGACUUCUACUUUACUCCAUCAGUUGUGGAACACUGUUUAAGGCACUAAUAAGAAGCUUUCACACAUCAAAACAUUAUAUGUUACUAAUCGGAGUGUACGAAAAAAGACCAAAUUACUGACUUUUAGUUCUUUUCAGUCACAUUUUAUUUUAAAAUGUAAAACAAGAGUCCAAGCUCUUUAAUCAUUAGUUAUUAUUAAUCUCUGGUUCUCAUGUCCUGUCUUUCUCCCUUCAUCCUUAACUGAUUAUACCAGAUGGCUGCUUCUUCCUGAGCCUGGUUCUGCUGGAGGUUUCUUCCUAUUAAAAGGGAGUUUUUUCUUUCCACUGUCGCCAAGUACUUGCUCAUAGGGUGCCGUCUGAUUUUGGGGGUUUUCUGUCUAUUACUGUAGUGUCGUUACCUUACAGUAUAAAUCAUCUAGAGGUGACAGUUUUUGUGAUUUGCUGCUAUGUAAAUAAAAUUGAAUUUAACUGAAUGAGGACUGGGGCAUUGUCUCUCGCCUACCUUUGCUUUCCAAGGUAGGAGAACGAACCAAUCAUCUGAUCUCAUAAUCCAAAUGGAGAGAGAUGUUGCAGCCCCCUACUUGCCGAUCGCCUGCUUUACUGGCGUCAGCCUGGCCUGUUGCCUUUUAAUGCGCCAUCUGCUUACAGUCAUUGGUCAGAUUAGGCUAAGUGUGGUAUUACUCAUAAAGAUUAUCUUAGCCUGACAUUCUAUCUUAAUGGCUUCCUUGUUCUGAGACUUUGGACAAAUGACCCCAGAUUACAGGUGAUCGCUGAUCAGAGUUGACGUCAGCCUGGAUGGAGAUGAGAGACGAAAACUUCAAACCAUCUGCUGUUUGAGAGAUUAUUUUGAUAGUGCAGGUUCAGUAAUCAUUUGCAGAUGUCAUAGUUGUUUGUGUUUUUUUUCCCACUGUAAAUCCUCUGCAGGCUGCUCCCUGUUAAUCCCAUCCUAGAAACUGUGCACGUGCUUUUGUAAAAUGAAAAUAGGUUGUAGCGUACAGUGGCUAUGAUGCAAUAUUUCAUAUUCAGACUCAUUCAUCAGUAGGAUAAAUGUGUCGGAGCUCCCUCUGUUGGCCUCUGUAGUUAAACUAUCUAGGACAGGCAUAGUAUGCCUCUAUAUUUCAUUAUGAUGCCAUAUUUUCCUCUUCCUUCUCUGUUCCUAGUAUAGAUCAAAACACAGCGUUACCUUAUUAGAAAAGACACUUUGUAAAAGUUGUGCCUUUUUCAUUAUCCAUUUUCUUUGGUGAUAAUUAGUUUGUCACUCAUAAUUGCUAUGAAGCAUCCAACAGAUUAAGAUAAAGAUUAUUGCUACUGCUACUUUACGCUGUUCUUUCCCUUUUUGUUGGGGGGGAAGUAGGUUCUUUGUUGGCCAAAAUGCUAAAAGCAAAUCACAAAUCUGCCCGAUGCUGAAACCCGUGCAGAGCUGAGAGUGGAAAAAAAAUCGCUGGAUCAGGAGCAGAAAACAAAGAUGUAAUGAAUUUAGAGGUUUAGCUUUGGGGGUGUAUGACAGUCAAGAUUUGAUGGAGGGAGUGUGCAGCAGCUAAUCCUUUAAGGCUAAUCAAACAGCAGCUUGGAGACCAUCAGCCUGCCUCUAGUCCUCCCUCCCUUCUUCUUUCCCCCCCAUCUCAUUCCAUGUCUCCUUAUUUCUCUCUUUAGUGACGAUGCCAGAUUUACUCUUUUUGCAAAAAACGGACGAUUGCUCGUCUCAAUUUACAAUUUAAAAUUUAUUCUUUUGAGCCGGAUUCUGUUUUUGUGUCGGUUUUAACCCUGCUCCCCGUUUCUCCCGGCGGCUCUCCCUCCAGCGCUCUGAAAGCUGUUUAGACAGACUGCGUUGGAUUCGGUUGGAAGCAGCGACACAGCUGGCUGUCUGAAAAGCAGCAUCUUCCUGCCUCACGCUGCAGAGUUUCUGUCUCCAGGCAGUCAUCUCAGCCUGCGAGAGGCUGCUAUUAACUGCUGCUCUCUUUGUCUCCGCUCGUCCCCAUAUUCCCGACUGCUCUCCCACACCCUGCUCAUCUUCUUUCUACGUUUCAUCAGCUGCUAUGUAGCACAGGAGCUGCUGCUGAUAUGGUUGCAUUAACACAGUGGGCAUUCCCCGGUGAUUAUUAUUCAUCUUAUUAAUUUCCAUGAUAUCCACAUUUAAUUAUAUAAAUUCUGUCGGUGUUUGAUCGAAUAGAUGCCAGUGGAAUAAAUUAGAAUAAUGAUGGCCAAUAAGGACAUUUACUGGAUUAAAUAAUAGAGCAAAAGUAAAUAGAAAUUGAUCAUGUUUUUCCUAAUGAGCUUUGAACAAAAGGAUGCUGAUGCAGCAGCUGCUUACCUCUGUGUAGAUCUACAGUGUGCAUUUAUAGCAUUUCACGUAUCAUAAUAUACUUCACUCAGUCAGCUGUGGGGGCCUUUUUAGGUUGUGUGUGUAUUUUCAACAGCGUGGAUCCAGACAGCUUUUCUUCUUCCGUAUUCGUGGAACAUAUGGCGCGAGCAACCUCUAGUUACCAUAGCAACACUGUGUUUGCAGUUGCAUGAAAAAUGCUAUCCACAAGGACAUAAACAGAGCUCUGAAAUGAGCCCUAAUUACUUUGUUAUUGCCUUUUUGCUUUAUUUGCAUACAUCUGGAAAGUAGAAGCUUUUGAGAUUUUUUUUUUUUUAUUUAAAAACAUUAACUAAGCGGCUAAAUUUCUUUUUUUAUCGAUGAAUUAACUGAGUGGCUUUAUUUUGUACAGUAAACCUAGAUCGGUGGUCUGUAAGCUUAUUUGCUCUUUGCAUAUUACUACCUGUAAGUGGGUCCUUGUCCUUGAAGCUGUCUGUGUCACUGCCUGCCUGACCACCUGAAUGUACAAAGCAGUUACUAGUGACUGAUCCAGAUGGAUUUGUAGGCAUACCCGUCUUAUCCUGCUGGGACACACUAGGCCCUCACAGAGAUUACAGCUCUGUCUCACAUCUAGACCAUGUGCUGUCUCAUCUGGCAUCACAGCACCUUUGCAGAGUUAAGAUAAAAAAACAAGUAUUAAUUACGCCCACCUAAUAUUUGAUAUGCUGUUGGUGUAUUAACAUUCAUGUUUUAGAUGCAUGCGAUAUUGUUACAGCAGUAUCUGCUGUUGCUGUAAUGUAAUGCUACAUUACUGCUAGCUUGCUUGGUUUCUAUUAUUGACCACAUUGAAGGCUUAAGUGGUGUCCCAUGUACCCUUCUCAUUCAUGGUACACAUUUAUUUGAGCCAUUGAAAGCUUUGGAAUUUGCCUGGGGGGUAAAUCUCUGUGUGUCUUUGCUUGAAGAAAAGCAAAAUUUGUUGAAUUCAGGCAGGAAUGGACAGUAUGAAUAGAAAAAGAUUAAAGGGUGCUGUAACAUAUAUUACAUGCCAGUUGAAAUGGUGUUAUUGCAGUACAGUAUAAUAUACAAUCCAAGAGAAUGAGGUUUAACUGGCUGGUGUGUUUUAGACCUGUGCAGUGUGGUUAUAGCAAAGAUUUUCAGGAAAAAAGGAGGAAGGGGUAGAGGGAUGGAGGAGUGAGAGAGCGAGAGAGAGCGAGAGAGAAUAUAGUGUACUGCUGGAGGUGGGCUUCUGCAGGCGGUCGCAUUUAGAUUGGGAGACAGCAUUUCCUACUGAACAGGAGUGGAGACAAACUGAUAUGGCUACAGAUGACAAAGAAGAGCAGCAUGAAAGGACUGUAGAUUAGAGACAAAGAGAUCUGGAUACUAGACGACAGAGAGAAGGAGACAAGGCAGAGGGAAGGCUGCAUCCAGGAUCCUAUCUGUGGGCUCCUACCUGUGUGUCAGGCAGUAGCUCUGGUGCGGAGAGGUGCAGCCCACCAGCAACCAUGGCAGUGAGUGCGUGGCAGGCUCUGUCUCCACUGCAGUGGGCUCGAUGGGGCUGGGACACUCUGCUGGGUGGGGCAGGAGACGGGAACAGCCCAGACGCUGAUCCGGCUCUGGGGCUCCUUCGCCGUCUCUCCUGGGGCUCACGUCAUGACAGCAUGAUCAGGGCUGCCGGGGAACCGGUCAGACAGAGGAGCUCAGACUCUGAUGGCGCUUUUGAGACCCCUGAAUCUACAACUCCAGUGAAGGCUGUUUCUCCAGCUGAGCCUCAGAUAAAGCAAACAACAUCUGACGAGAAAGUAGAAGACACCUCAAUCACUGAUCCUACAUCUGACUUCACUGCAGCCGAACUACCAUGCCAUUCUGCGUCAAAUACUUUUGAUGAAAACAAGCCCAUCGCUGCCAGUGGUACAUAUAACAUUGACUUUUUUGCUGCAGAAUCAACGACUCACACUCUAACCCGUUCUCUGAGCCUCCAGGGAGGAGAACUAGAUAGUUCUGCUCUGUUGGACGGAUCACCUUCAGGAGGUUUCCGUCCACACUCCGAGUCUUUCAGUGUAGGCACUGAGAGUGCCCCAGGGACACUCCGCAGGCCCAAGAAAGGUCGUCCUGGGUCUGUAAAGAAAAAGCCUCUUCUCAGACAGAACUCUAACCCAGAGAGCCCAAGGCCAGACUCAUCCAGCAGCACCCCAGAAAUUAAGAAGCGGGCGAAACCUCGAACAGCCAGCCCUCUCCAGGCUCAGGAGGAAACUGAAGGAGGCUCUGCAACACCGAGUCCUGGAGGAACGCAGCGAAAAGCCAGAAAGACCCGUGUUGAGACUCCUCCUCCCCUGCCAGAGGAGACCAAUCAUACCACCCAAGAGGAGAGCCUUAUUGUUGCUGCCUUACCUUUAUGCCAGGAGGAGAUACCCCUCCCUGAAAGUCAAGCAGACAAAGAAGAAACCCCCAUCCCUCCCAGUGGCUCCUACAAAUGGGAUCCAGACAACUUUGAGAACAUCAACCCCUUUAAAACCGGAGGUAGUAAAAUUGCCAAUUCCCCUGUUUUGGGUCGUAAGGAGCCUGUGUGUGCCCCCAUUUCCACCCCUCUAGAGAGUCCCCCCGUCCCAUCUGAGGAACCACAUCACCCCAGUCCACCCGCUCCUAUUAGAGAGCCAGUCACGAAUCCUGAGGAGCAGCCCAUUAUACCCAAGCGUCAGUCACUAAGACUGGAGUUUGACUACUCCGAGGAGAGUGGUGAGGCAUCACAUCAGGCCUCUCCUCCACCUAAGAAGCUAGGCAAGAAGCCAGGUGCCAAGAUGCCUCUGAGGAAACCAAAGCUGGGGCUGAAAAAGGCGCCUCCAGCACAGACAGAGCAGCUGGACAACAUUCCUCCGGCAACUCACAACAGCAACGAGGAUGAAAUCCCGGCAACUAAAGCAUCUUACACCUUUGAACUCGACAAGUAUGAAGAUCCAAACUUGAAUCCAUUUACUUCAAGGAAAAGUAUCACCAACUCCCCCAAACUAUCCAGGCCGCCUUAUAACUUUGAUGACUCCAUAGACCCUUUCAAAAGCUCCAACAAGUUGGCCAAUUCCCCUCCUAAGACUUCUGCCUCAUUUGAACUGUCAUCCAAUGACAAUGAUACUGAAAAUGACAACCUCGGGGAAUUAGAGGACCAGAACCAGAACAAACCUGCCAAGAAGAAGAAAACUCCCAUCAAAUCGAAGUCCAGGGGUGUGUCUUCUCUAUGUUGUUUUUUUAAUACUUUCAGAGUGAAGAGGUCGCCAAAGAAAUCACCCUUAUCUGACCCAUCACAGGAUCUUAUACCCGCAGAUGAACCUUCCUCCCUUCACCAGCAGGAUGACCAUGCCACAGAUGAGGAGAAACUAGCCUCCUCCACCAGUCAUAAGUGGGCAGCCCUGCACGACAUGGAUGGAGAUUUAAACUCUGACCAGCAAGACUUUCCUCAACCGUGCGACCUUACAUCCUUUGUUAAUGAGAACAGCCUUCCUAAGGAGACUCCAGUACAAGACUAUGAAAUUGAGUACAUGGAGAAGAUUGGCUCCUCUUCCCCACCUCCGUCUGCAAAGAAGCCAUCUUUGUACUUGAAGUUGGACUCGGUAUCUGACAACUUAACCAAAAAUACAUGUGCGCAUGGAUCUGAACCCAGCUCCCCCUGCACAGGGAGUUUUGAAGAGAUGGAGGCCCAGAUUACAGCAGGUAUGAAGACACCGGUGCUCAGCUCCCGGCCUGGCCCCGAGGGCUCUGCUGCAGACAAGGGCAGGAAGAGAGAAAGCGAGGUGCUCAGUCGAACACAGAGCACAGAGAUGGAGGAGCAGCCCCCUAGCCAGGGCCCCGUGGAGGCACUUGCGCCAGCCCUGGCCAUGCCCCUGUUAGACAGGCUGUCUGAGUGUGACGACCCCCUGCAGUACCUGGAGCCUGACCUGGCUGAGACCAACCCCACAGCAUUCGCCCAAAAACUGCAGGAGGAGCUGGUGCUUGCUGCCCUGAGGAUAGAGGCUCUGCAGGUAGCCAAAAACAUCUCUCAGUGCCCCUCCCUCUCCACUGUAACCCCCCAGUCUCGUCUCAAGAAACCCAGUACUCGCCGGUGGAAUAUCAACGGUUCACCCUUACUCAAAGUUGCAACGGACACUUGGAGAUGCAUUUGGCACAGAGACGUGUCAUCUUCACUAGAGAGUGGCGUGUCCAAGAACUCGCUGUACUCCAGGACCACGGCCAGCUACAUCGAAGGGGAGAGUCCCCACUUGCCCAGAGAACUGGACCACUCUUUGGGAAUUGCACGAGAGGAGAUUGUGACAAAGGAGAAAGAAGUGCUGGAGUGGCAGAGGAAGUAUGAAGCCAGUCGACAGGAAGUGGUGGAGAUGAGGAGAAUUGUAGCUGAGUAUGAGAAGACGAUUGCCCAGAUGAUAGGCAUGCCAGAGGAUGACCAGAAAGAGAAAUCUCUUUCCCAUCACACCAUCCAGCAGCUCAUCAUGGAGAAAGACCAGGCACUGGCCGACCUUAACUCUGUGGAGAAGUCUCUUGCCGAUCUCUUCCGUCGUUAUGAGAAGAUGAAAGAUGUGCUGGAGGGCUUUCGCAAAAAUGAAGAGGUAUUGAAGAAAUGCGCUCAGGAGUAUCUUUCAAGGGUUCGCAAGGAGGAACAGCGAUAUCAAGCCCUGAAAAUUCAUGCAGAGGAGAAACUAGACCGGGCCAACGCAGAGAUAGCUCAGGUGCGGGCCAAGGCCAAGCAGGAGCAAGCUGCCUCUCAGGCCAGUCUGAGGAAGGAGCAGAUGAAGGUGGACUCUCUGGAACGCACUUUAGAGCAGAAGAAUAAAGAGAUCGAGGAGUUAACAAAGAUCUGUGAUGAACUAAUUGCGAAGAUGGGGAAGAGUUAGCAGGCCACAUCACAAUGAAGCCAAGCAGAAAAUGAAGAGAAGCACUCCUUCUCAAAUUGAUGGACCUCUAAGACCAAAGUGGUCUUGGGGUUGUAUUUCCUACUGACCAUGUGUAUACAUCAUCCACAGGAUUGGCUUCCUCCUAAUUACUCUGUAUAUUUUUGAUGUUUCAGUGUAUCGUACUGUAUCAGGGGGUCUGCUUUCAAGUUUUAUCAUAUCACUAAUGAGUAUGCCUGUGUGCGCGAGUGCGUGUAUGAUAAUGAGAAAGUGCAAGCAUUGUUUAUGGGUUAAAUUAUCUACUAUGAUGUUGCCAUGACAGCCACUGAGGGAGAAGACUGUUUACCCACUCCUGUUAUUGUCUCCUCUUAAUAAAGAGAAAGAUAGACUUUGAAGAUGAGAACCAGAUUGUUAGAGUUAUCCAUAAAAUGGUGAUGCACCACUAAGAGAAUACAAGCGAUCACUAUAGAUUCUUGCAUGUGAGAGAUAAAGAAGAACUUGUAAUGUUAAUGUUUGUAUAUACUGUAGGAAACAACAAGACUUGUGCAUUUUUGAUAGUUAUUCUGUUGUCUUCAGCCACUCCCCUCACAUAACAUUGUAGAUAUUUGUCAUACUUGUCAUAGCUUUUUUGAUGAAAUUGUGGAACUUUAUUUUUGGGAUUUUAUUUUGAUAAAAAGCAAACUAAUUGUGACUGUGUUCAGUUGUGACCAGAAGUAAUUUAAUUUUGGAUGAACCUGUCCUAGUCCUGCAAUGGUUGUUUGUCACACUGAGGAAUAACUUCUCUGCACAGCUACUGUACAGCAUCUGCUUACAAAGUGCAAUAAAAGAUGGCAAUACAGCA